GCCGGGUAGGUUCAUGCGCAGCUAUUGAAGAGAGAAGCAGUGGAUCAGAACAGUAAAUGGAUCGGGAAUCAGAAGACACCGAGCUUUCUGAAAAUUUGGGAACUUUUCUAAAUGUUUCUGAUGGUGAGGGAGCAACACAGAAACCAUCCUCAGGGCAUUUAAGUAGUGAGUCAACUUCAAGCAGGCUAACACCUGUGGAGUAUGAAACUUUAGGAGCCAGCGGUAAUGCUGAGAAGCUCCGAUCUGCUCACAUUGCUGAUGAGGAAGAGACAACAGAAGAGCGCUUCUUUGAAUGCAGAGAAUCACUGGAGACUGGUGGUUUUGUGGACACAGAAGAUGGCGUGACAAAUUCCGAGUUAGAGGAUGAUUCAGAAAUAAAAGAAACCAAAAAGCUUGAGUUUGAUGAAGAAUAUUUAAGAGAACUGGAAAAAGAUAUGCCUGAAGAAGAAAAACAGCGAAGGCAAAAGUCAAGUCGAACAUUGAAAGAAGUUGGAAAUGGGCAGUUUAAAAAAGGAGAGUAUUUAGAAGCUGAAAACUCUUAUACAGAAGCUCUUGGUGUUUGUCCAGCAUAUUACCAGAAGGACAGAUCUAUUCUUUAUUCCAACCGAGCUGCUGCAAGAAUGAAACUGGAUAAUAAGGAAGAAGCCAUAACUGAUUGCACCAAAGCUAUUGAGUUAAAUCCCAAUUACAUACGUGCAAUACUGAGAAGGGCAGAGUUGUAUGAGAAAACUGAAAAACUUGAUGAAGCUCUGCAAGACUAUAAAACUGUUAUCGAAAAAGAUCCAUCAGUAGGACAAGCCAGGGAAGCCUGUAUGCGAUUACCACAACAGAUUGAGGAAAGAAAUGAGAAAAUGAAAGAAGAAAUGCUAGGCAAGCUGAAAGAUCUUGGCAACAUGGUCCUGCGACCCUUUGGUCUGUCCACUGAAAACUUCCUGUUAAACAAGGAUCCCAACUCUGGCUCAUACUCCAUCAACUUUGUGCAGAAUCCAAAUAACAAUAAUAGAUAAUGGCUUAAUUUGGAAAACAGCUCAGUGCAAGAAUAUGCUGUAAAAAGAAAAAACAUUUAGUUAUAUAAUAAAGUAUUGCUUUUCUGGGCAUACAAGAAACUGAUCUGUUCCAACGUUUGCAAUACAAUAGCAAGUAUUUGUUUACAAUUAGAAUCUGCAUAAGUUUCAAGACACUCAGUUUGAGCUGCUUGUUGAAUGUAAAAACCAGCAGUGAAACCAUAUGUUUAUUUUGUCAUUACAUCUGGAUAAGUGUUAACCCAAGUGUGAUAUAGUGUUUACGAACAGAAAUAAUUCAUUGGAUAAGUUGCCAUGUUACCACUGGGUAAACGUUUUGUUUACCAUGGCCAUUUGAAAUUUACAAAAUGCUGAAGCUUGAUGUUUAGCUGUAUACUGUUGAUCAUGCUAAAUAUAUUAAUGUUGCCCAUUGCCUUA